GAGGGAGGGAGGGAGAGAGGCGCCGGGGGCGCGCGCGCGCGCUGGGCGCUGCUGGGCUGCGGCGGCGGUUACUAUGGCGGAGUCGGCCGGAGCCUCCUCCUUCUUCCCCCUUGUUGUCCUCCUGCUCGCCGGCAGCGGCGGGUCCGGGCCCCGGGGGAUCCAGGCUCUGCUGUGUGCGUGCACCAGCUGCCUACAGACCAACUACACCUGUGAGACAGAUGGGGCUUGCAUGGUCUCCAUCUUUAACCUGGAUGGCGUGGAGCACCAUGUACGUACCUGCAUCCCCAAGGUGGAGCUGGUUCCUGCUGGAAAGCCCUUCUACUGCCUGAGUUCAGAGGAUCUGCGCAACACACACUGCUGCUAUAUUGACUUCUGCAACAAGAUUGACCUCAGGGUCCCCAGCGGACACCUCAAGGAGCCUGCGCACCCCUCCAUGUGGGGCCCUGUGGAGCUGGUCGGCAUCAUCGCCGGCCCCGUCUUCCUCCUCUUCCUUAUCAUUAUCAUCGUCUUCCUGGUCAUCAACUAUCACCAGCGUGUCUACCAUAACCGCCAGAGGUUGGACAUGGAGGACCCCUCUUGCGAGAUGUGUCUCUCCAAAGACAAGACGCUCCAGGAUCUCGUCUACGACCUCUCCACGUCAGGGUCUGGCUCAGGGUUACCCCUUUUUGUCCAGCGCACAGUGGCCCGAACCAUUGUUUUACAAGAGAUUAUCGGCAAGGGCCGGUUCGGGGAAGUAUGGCGUGGUCGCUGGAGGGGUGGUGACGUGGCUGUGAAAAUCUUCUCUUCUCGUGAAGAACGGUCUUGGUUCCGUGAAGCAGAGAUCUACCAGACCGUCAUGCUGCGCCAUGAAAACAUCCUUGGCUUUAUUGCUGCUGACAAUAAAGAUAAUGGCACCUGGACCCAGCUGUGGCUUGUCUCUGACUAUCACGAGCAUGGCUCACUGUUUGAUUAUCUGAACCGCUACACAGUGACCAUUGAGGGAAUGAUUAAGCUAGCCUUGUCUGCAGCCAGUGGUUUGGCACACCUGCAUAUGGAGAUUGUGGGCACUCAAGGGAAGCCGGGAAUUGCUCAUCGAGACUUGAAGUCAAAGAACAUCCUGGUGAAAAAAAAUGGCAUGUGUGCCAUUGCAGACCUGGGCCUGGCUGUCCGUCAUGAUGCGGUCACUGACACCAUAGACAUUGCUCCAAAUCAGAGGGUGGGGACCAAACGAUACAUGGCUCCUGAAGUCCUUGACGAGACAAUCAACAUGAAGCACUUUGACUCCUUCAAAUGUGCCGACAUCUAUGCCCUCGGGCUUGUCUACUGGGAGAUUGCACGAAGAUGCAAUUCUGGAGGAGUCCAUGAAGACUAUCAACUGCCGUAUUACGACUUAGUGCCCUCCGACCCUUCCAUUGAGGAGAUGCGAAAGGUUGUAUGUGACCAGAAGCUACGGCCCAAUGUCCCCAACUGGUGGCAGAGUUAUGAGGCCUUGCGAGUGAUGGGAAAGAUGAUGCGGGAGUGCUGGUACGCCAAUGGUGCUGCCCGUCUGACAGCUCUGCGCAUCAAGAAGACUCUGUCCCAGCUAAGCGUGCAGGAAGAUGUGAAGAUUUAAGCUGUUCCUCUGCCUACACAAAGAACCUGGGCAGUGAGGAUGACUGCAGCCACCGUGCAAGCGUCGUGGAGGCCUACCUCUUGUUUCUGCCCGGCCCUCUGGCCAGAGCCCUGGCCUGCAAGAGGGACAGAGCCUGGGAGACGCGCACUCCCGUUGGGUUUGAGACAGACACUUUUUAUAUUUACCUCCUGAUGGCAUGGAGACUCUGAGCAAAUCAUGUAGACAACUCAAUGCCACAACUCAAACUGCUUGCAGUGGGAAGUACAGAGAGCCCAGUGCAUCUGGCGUGUUGCCAGGAGCGGUGAAGGGUGCUGGGCUCGCCCAGGAGCGGCCCCCAUACCUUGUGGUCCACUGGGCUGCAGGUUUUCCUCCAGGGACCAGUCAACUGGCAUCAAGAUAUUGAGAGGAACCGGAAGUUUCCUCCCUCCUUCCCGUAGGCAGUCCUGAGCCACACCAUCCCUUCUCAUGGACAUCCGGAGGGACUGCCCCUAGAGACACAACCUGCUGCCUGUCUGUCCAGCCAAGUGCGCAUGUGCCGAGGUGUGUCCCACAUUGUGCCUGGUCUGUGCCACGCCCGUGUGUGUGUGUGUGUGUGUGAGUGAGUGUGUGUGUGUACACUUAACCUGCUUGAGCUUUCUGUGCAUGUGUAGGCCAGGGUGUGGUGGCCAUACUGUCUCUGAGUGCUGCUGCUUCUCAGUGAGCAGCAUGUAGUUAACCUGGUGCCCUCCUAGGUGUCUCCUGUCCCCAGACCCCAUCAGUCAGGGAGGUUCUGUCUUCUCAGCAGGCUGCUUGCCCACCCUGUGUCACAGGCCCUCCUCUUCCAUUUCAGACCAGAACCAAAGCUGGCCCACUUGUCCAUGGUAGGAGAAGCUUUUGGGUCAAAAUGAGGGGGACUUGAUGAGCAGAGAGAGAAUGUAGGUGGAAGUCUUGGGUGCUGUGUUUCAGCAUCAGCCAUGGGAAAUGAGCCAGCCCAAGGGCAUCUUCCUUGACAGCUGUGAGGAAGGGCCGAGGAAUCCGAAGCCAGAGCUUGGGACUCAGAUUGGAAUGUAACAUCUGUUUAUGUCCCACCCCAGAUUCUGCAAACUGCAGUGUAUAUUUUUGGUGGUGGGUUUGGGGUGGGAAGGGAUGGGUUGCAGGGCGUGGGGAGGGAGGCUGGGGUGGGAGGGAGGCAUCUGCAUGGGCUUCUUGUACUGGAUUCUCUGAUCAGGGUAGAGAAGAGGCAAGGCUUGCAUCCACUUCAGGGUCCCUACUGAGGAGAGUGAGCGGUCCGAGCUGAAUAUGGUGUUUAACCUAAGUUUAGUAUUUAAUGAAUUCUAGAAGCCUGGCUGUGGGUGGUGAUUUGGUCAGCAUAUCUUAGGUAUAUAAUAACUUUGAAGCCAUAACUUUUUAACUGGAGUGGUUUAUUUUAAUUCAGUUUAUUUUAUUUUAUUUUGGGGGGAGGGUCAGGAUUUUAACUUUAAUAUUGUUAAGUUUUGUAAAAGGAGAACCAUCUCUGUGACAAUUACCUCUUAGUCUGUUUGUUUUUAAAGAAAUCCCUAAAACAAACAAAACACAAAAAUUCUCCAGACUCAAACGCACAUAGUUCAGUCACUGGAAACGCUUGUCUUUGCACCUGAGCCUGAUCCCGCUGAGCAGUGAGGGCUGCUUUUCCCCAUGGGGGCUUGCUGUCUCGUACUCCCUGCACCCUCGGCCCCAUCCCGUGAGCACCUCGGCCCUCUGCACAUUGCCCGGCUGGUUGGACCCUUUCCAGAUACUUGCUCAGCAAAUGUGGGCUGCGAGCCUGCUGAGCGCUGGCCCGGGAGGAUCUCCUCAGGGUGGGGCAGGCUUGGGCGCUGCUCUGCUCCUCUACCACUGGAGGGAAUGGAAUCAUGCGAUGGGCGAGCACCUGCUGUGGAGACCAGAAGUGCUCAUGGCUGGUCCUGAGAGCCUUGAUGAGCUAGGAUCACUGUUCUUAAAGACCACUGAAACUGGAAGGGGGACCUGUAUCCCCUUGGGAAGAGAAGCCCCUGGCAAGCAGUGGGUCCUGGAGACUGGGUUCAUUGUGAGCCUUUCCUGCCAGGGGAGGCAUGAGUCUUUGCAGGGAAACUGUCUCCUCCAGCUUCUCCUGCCUUGGUCUCCCCAUAUUCUUAGCCUUUCUAUUUAUUUCCUGGUGUAUAACUUUCCUUGCUUUAAAGGGAUCUUCCUUUAAUUCCUUGGGCCAAUUUACUGGCCAUUGAACAGUGUCCCUUGAGUCCCAACUGUGUCUCUGGGGAACCUCCUUACCCACCCCUGCUGACCUCCCACUUCCCACCCUGCAGCUGAGUAUCCGUGAUUACAGGCGAUUGAACUGUAGAGUCCUCUCUGCCUCUGUACCUGCCAGCAGCAGCCUCACAGUGACCCCCACGCCACUGGACAACUCCCAGGAGACCUGUGCGCUCCGUGCAGCUCAGCUCAGCCGCCUCUCAGGAAGCCUGGAGCAGGUCUGGGGGACCCCCCCCCCAUCACUCUUUACAUUAAGCUGAGAGUUGGGAGAAGCUGUGCUUUGGCUCCCUGAGGCCACCCUGAUCCACGGGGCACCCGCACCUCUGCGUUCUGGAUUCACAGACCAAGUCUAAAGCCCGUUCGUUCCUGAGUUGCCGUCAAGGCCCCUGAACGGUACUCUCGGUACUUCUGUUUGUUUUUUGUACAAUUUAUUAGAAAGGACUGUAAAAUAGCCACUUAGACACUUUACCUCUCCAGUAUGCAAAUGUAAAUAUAUUGUAAUAUAGGAAAUUUUUGUUUUAAUAUAAGAAUGAGCCUGUCCAGUUUCUGCUGUACAUUAUUAAAGUUUUAUUCACAGAACU